AUGAGUCGAGUGACCGACCAGCAAGAAUUGAUUAACAAAGCCGUUGAUGCCCUUGAAAAGUUGAUUCAGACGUGGGCUGCAUUGUGUUCGAAAAUCAACGCGUCUGUUCAAACAUACAUCGACAGCACUUCCGUUGUCGCGACGGAAAAUAGCAUUGAAACCCUCGAGGGUUAUAUUGUCCGGUUGGAGUCGUUGUAUAACCAAAUGGAUAGUCAACUGCAAACACUAUUUAAACGACUUGAAAAACUACCUGUUGGAGCAGACACGUCUGUCUCACAACUGUAUCACAGACAAUGGGAGUUGUUUGAGUUUAUUGUUAAUUCAUAUCGAGACGAGUGGAUUUUGAGAGACGAUUUGGUGCAGAAAAUGAAAGUGAGUACGUCGAAACAGUUUGUGUCAGAGAGGCAGGAAGUGUGCAAUGCACAAGUCAACAUGUUACAAAUACAAAACAAUUUGGAUAUUCUGAAGACCUCACGGUCAUUCAGUGGUGUUGCAAAUAGGCAUUUGAGAUAA